AAAAUCCUGUUUUUCAAAUUGUAGAACUUAAAAUUCUGUUUUUCCAAUUGUAGAACGUAUCCUGCACUAGAGACAUUAACAGAACCUCACCAGCUCACAGCCACUCUCAGUUGUGUAAUUGGAGUAGCCCGCAGUUUGGUGUCAGGGGGCCGGUGGUUUCCGGAAGGUCCAACACACAUGCUACCUCUGUUGAUGAGAGCAUUGCCUGGGGUGGAUCCAAAUGACUUCAGCAAAUGCAUGAUCACAUUCCAGUUUAUAGCAACAUUUUCUACUCUGGUGCCUUUAGUAGAUUGUUCAUCUGUGCUGCAAGAAAGAAACGACCUCACAGAAGUAGAACGAGAACUUUGUUCUGCUACAGCUGAAUUUGAGGAUUUUGUCUUACAGUUUAUGGACAGAUGCUUUGGACUUAUAGAAAGUAGUACAUUGGAGCAAACAAGGGAAGAGACAGAAACUGAGAAAAUGACUCACUUGGAAAGUUUGGUCGAAUUAGGUCUAUCUUCUACAUUUAGUACAAUUCUCACCCAGUGUUCCAAAGAAAUAUUUAUGGUAAGAGCAUUGCUGUAA